AUGUAUAGACAAAUACUACUGGACCCUACCGACUGUCAGUACCAACUAAUCCUCUGGAGGGAAAAUUCUCUAGAUCAGCUUGAAAUUUAUCAGUUAAAAACUGUUACGUAUGGCACAUCUGCUGCGCCGUAUUUGGCCACGCGUUGCUUAACGAAACUAGCUGAAGAUAGUUGUCGGAAAUAUCCGUCAGCGUCCACAGCGUUAUUAUUAGAAACUUACGUCGACGAUAUAAUGACAGGCGCUAAUACUUUAGAGCAAGCCGCAACUCUUUUGGCAGAUCUCAACGGCUGCUUAGCACAGCACAAUUUGAAUUACCACAAAGAACCAUUCUUAAGAAUUGGAGAUAAUGAUGUGGUGAAAAUGUUAGGUUUGAUUUGGCAUCCCACUGCCGGCACAUUCGCCUAUCAUUUUGACUUUAAACGAACGAACAUAACUACCAAGAGAACAGUGCUUUCGGAUCUUGGAAAAAUAUUUGAUCCCCUCGGCUUAAUUGGACCUGUCGUAGUUCUAGGAAAAAUUUUUAUGCAGCAGUUGUGGAAGCUUAAUAUUUCCUGGGAUCAACCGCUACCCGAAGACUACGAAAAACGAUGGAAAAAUUAUGUCCAGCAACUGGAAAACCUAAACUCGUUACAACAUCCCAGACAUUUAUUGUCAUCAGCGGUAAGCAAAUCGGUACAGCUCCAUUCCUUUUCUGAUAGAAGCGAAGCUGCCUAUGGCGCUUGCUGUUACUUGCGGAGCAUCGAUAUAAACAACAAGGUCACGGUGCAGCUAAUAUGCUCCAAAUCGCGAGUAGCGCCUUCCAAGUCAACAUCAAUUGCCAAAUUAGAGCUUCAAGCAGCUUUACUUAUGACGGAACUGGUUGAACGUCUGCAAGACAUUAUUCCCAUGCCUAUAGAAGAUACAAUUUUCUACACCGACUCUAAAAUCGUGUUGGCUUGGAUAGCAAAGCCUUCAUACACAUGGACGACAUUCGUCGCAAACAGAGUGGCGAAAAUUCAAGAACUUACGCGCAAGGAAGAAUGGAGCUACGUCAGCAGCAAGCAAAAUCCUGCAGACAUCAUCUCACGCGGCGCUCUAUCAGAAGAAUUCAUUAACUCAUCGCUGUGGACUAGCGGUCCAGAAUUUCUACACUCAGCAGCACUGAUUCGGCCCAGGCAACCACAAUCAGAUCAGUUAGACGAGGUUCCUGAACGUCGACCAAAUAAGCUUGCGCUUUUUUCGGCGAACCCAGCACACAGUGACUUGACAACCAAUAUAAGUCAUCGUGAAUCGCUGCAUCGGCUAGAACGCAUUGUCGCUUAUGGCCUACG